AUGUUUCGUUCAACUCCUCUAUCUGCGCUUUGGCGACGGUGGGCCGCUGGUGCUACGACAACGACAACCUCAACCGCCUACCCAUCCGUUUUCUCACUACGGCUGUCGAGCAGUGGGGGAAAGGACUAUUACAAGAUUCUUGGUGUAAGUCGCACGGCAACCCCGGCGGAGAUCAAGAAGGCAUACCGCAAGCGAGCACUCGAGACCCACCCCGAUCAAGGUGGUAAGAAGGAAGACUUUGCGGAGGUUGCAGAGGCGUAUGAAUGCCUUAGUAGUGAAGAUAAACGCCGGGUGUAUGAUCAGUACGGAUCAGAGGCCGCUUCUAAUAUGGACGCCGCGGGUGGAAUGGGCGGCGGCUUCGGUGGUCGCUCCGCGGAGGACAUCUUCGCUGAGUUCUUUAAAGGCGGAAUGGGGGGAUUUGGUGGGGAUGUACGCCGUGGACCACAGCAGGUCUCACCCAUUGAGGUAAAGAUACGCAUGACGCUGGAGGAAGUGUAUAAAGGCGUGAGUAAAACACUACGAGUUAAUCGACCCGUUAUUUGUGCAGAUUGUCGUGGAUUUGGUACAAAGAGUCAAACCAAAAAACCCAAAUGUACACAUUGUGAUGGUAGUGGACAUGUUGUGCAUCAACAUCGUAUGGGACCUGGCAUGGUUCAACAAACCGUCUCCCAGUGUAGUAGAUGUUCAGGCUCCGGCACGAUGGCGAAGGCGGAAGAUAAUUGUCCAAAGUGUCACGGUUUGGGCUAUCGGCACAUCGCGCAGGAUGUGAAUAUUGAUAUUCCCGCUGGUGUGCCGGCAAAUGUGACGUUGGUGGUGCGGGGUGAGGGUGGGACUAUGCCGGAUGCUGAACCAGGGGAUCUGCAUGUACAUGUGGAAGUGACUCCACAUAAGAAAUUUACACGUCGUGGGGAUGAUUUAUUAAUUACGAAGGAAGUUUCACUUUCUGAGGCUCUUUUACGUGUACAAAUGUCAUUAAAAAUGUUGGAUGGUCGUGUUAUUUCUGUUCACGUUCCAAAUGAUACUGUUCUUAAACCAAACAGUGUUCUUAAGGUACCGGGAGAAGGAAUGCCUAGUUCUAAUGGUGGACGUGGUGACCUUUAUGUGAUGACACAUAUGAAAAUGCCACAGAAAUUAACAAAACAACAACGUGAAGCUAUUAUAAGUGCCUUUGGAGCUCCAAAUGAAUCUUCUGAUGCCUCUGCUAACUCAGUUGUUACUGCACGUGUAAUGCGAGAAAACACUCAUGAGUUUGAGGACUCCAUGCGUGAAAACUGGGAUGCGCAGGAAAGCGGCGGAAUGGGUCGUCGCGGUGGUGGUAGUAAUGGCCGUGGUGGUCGCAGAUCACAGCAAGCGGAAUGUGUGCAUCAGUAG